AAAAAAAAACGUGGCCUCUGAAUCUAAUUUAUCUAGAGCAAUAUCUGGAAUCUAGAUUAUACGGAGGUUAUCUCGGUAAAAAAGCGGCGAGGGCACAGGUGUAGUCUCGUUCUUUUUCCUCGGAGUCGCGCGCCAGGCGCGUGUCGCUACUGCUCGAAUACCAAUAAUCUAUAUUCAUCGCAACGAUAAGUAAGUGUUAAUAUAAUCGCGGUGGGCUCCCGAAAAUGCGCUGCGUGCUCUCGACGGCCGACGUGAGUGUUCUGUUGUGCGGAAUUUCGCAGAAUCGUGCAAAAUGAAUAGCUCUAGGAAGGUGUACAGUAAUCCGAACCCCAAGCUUUACGCCAAUCUGCUGAGUAGAUUGUUGUUUAGCUGGCUCUACCCACUGUUCCAACUGGGAAAGUAUCACGAGUUGGAGGCGAAAGAUCUCUACAAUGUUCUGCCCGAAGACCUGAGUGGAAGCCUGGGCGAGCGCUUGGAAAGUUGCUGGACUAGGGAGCUGGCCGAGUCUCGCGCGGGCAAAAGAAAGCCGAAAUUCCGGAAGGCCAUAGUGAAGUACCUCGGCUGGUCCUACAUGAAGUACGGGAUCAACAUGUUCGUGCUGAACAUGUUCGUGAGGGUGACGCAGCCCCUGGUCCUGGGCAGGUUGGUGUCCCACUUCUACCAGAACUCGACGACCACGACCUGGGACGGCUACAUCUACACCUCGUGCCUCGUCUGUCUGGUAGUCCUGCAGGUGAUGCUGAUACAGCACGCCAAUUACGGUCUGAGCGUCAUUGGCAUGAGACUCAGGAUAGCCUGUUCGUCGCUCAUAUACGGAAAAAUGAUGAAGCUCUCCUGCUCGUCGGUCCACCAAGUGUCGAGCGGUUCGAUCCUGAACCUCCUGUCCAGCGACGUCGCCAAGUUCGACACCUUCUUCCUGUCCUUCCACUACGUCUGGAUCAUUCCGCUGCAGGUCGUAGCCAUGGCUUGCCUCAUCUGGCAGAGAAUCGGCAUCGCCACCCUUGUCGGCAUCGGCUCCAUGAUAACGGCCAGCAUUCCCAUACAGUUUCUCUUCGGCAGAAUAAUCCGAGCCAUGCGAAUGAAGGGAGCCGCAGUUACCGACAAGAGGAUACUCGUGAUAAGCGAGCUGAUCAGCGGCAUUCGCGCGAUCAAAAUGUACGUCUGGGAGCAACCGUUCGAACGGCUCGUAACUCUAACUAGAAGAAAAGAAAUAGAUAUCAUUAAGAUCUAUUCCUACUUAAAAGGUAUUUCGCUUGCUACCCUUAUGUUCACUAAUCUUACGACCUUAUUUUUUACGCUUUUGGUAUACGUACUUCAGGGCAAUGCUAUAUCAGCUAACACAGUUUACGUGAUCACGUACUAUUAUUACUAUCUUCGAUUGACGCUAACUUAUCACUUUCCCAACUCCAUUAACGUCUUGGCCGAGACGAGCGUUUCCGUCAAACGUAUAGAAAGCUUUUUGCUUCUGGAUGAAGUCAGCAAGACGGUCGAGUCGUCGAGCUCGAGCGAUGAUACGGACGGAAGCGCUGUCUCGAUCAGCAAUGUGACCGCCAAGUGGGCCAAAAAGUCCGUAGUCAAUACGUUGAGCGAUCUCGAUAUUCGCGUGACCUCGAAAAAGCUCUACGCGAUCGUUGGUCCAGUAGGAGCCGGAAAGAGCUCCUUGUUGAAACUACUAUUGGGCGAAUUGCAACCGAGCGCUGGUCGGGUCUCGGUGUCCGGUAGCAUAGCCUACGCAAGCCAAGAGCCCUGGCUGUUCACCGGCUCCAUCAGAAGCAACAUCCUGUUUGGUGAGCCCUAUCAAGAGGACAGGUAUCGCCAGGUCGUCCAGGUUUGUGCACUGGAGGAGGACUUUGAGCACCUACCUCAUGGCGACCGAACGCUUGUUGGCGACAGAGGAGCCGCCCUCAGUGGCGGUCAGUGCGCACGAAUCAACCUUGCUAGAGCCGUCUACAGAGAUGCUGACAUUUAUUUGUUCGAUGAUCCUCUAUCGGCCGUUGAUACUCAAGUUGGCAAACAGCUGUUCUACGACUGCAUCGACACAUUGCUCAAGGAUAAAACUCGAAUUCUUGUGACGCAUCAGGUGCAAUAUCUCAAAAAGUCCGAUGUCAUCGUAUUCCUCAACAAUGGACAAGUAGAGUUCCAGGGAACGUUUUCAGAAUUUCAAGAAGACGACGGGAUAUUUCGGCAUUUAUCAUUGGACAACGAGAAUAACAAUAAUGAGGAGAAGGUAUCGAGUAUUUCGCAAAAGACUCGACGACUGGUGAACGAGUCCUUACAAUUGAACGAUACCGACGAUCCAGUCAAAUCGACCGUCGAAAAGGAUCAGGACGAAGAUCCCCAAGAAACGGAAGAACUAAUCGAGAAACGGGACAUAAGAAAAUCCUUGUAUUUAAGAUACUUCCGAGCUAGUGGCUCUCAUGCUCUGCUUUUCGUCACAGCUCUGUGCUUUCUCUUGGCCCAGGCACUUCUCAGCAGUUCCACUUAUUGGAUCGCCUACUGGACUCAGAGGGAAGACAGGAUACUGCAAUCCAACAUCACAUCAAACGUUACAGAAUCGACAAACAGCGAGGAUGCCGAUUUGGAUUCGCAGCAGGCUCUCUGGAUUCUGGGAGGCCUAACAUUCGCCAGUGUUUUAGUAUGCGUCAUCAGCAAUAUCUUACUUUUCAAGACUUGCUUGGAUGCCAACAAAAACAUUCACAACAAUAUGCUUGCUCGUCUGCUGAAGGCACCUCUGCGAUUCUUCGAAAUAAAUCCAUCCGGUAGAAUCUUAAAUCGAUUCUCCAAAGACGUCGGCGCCGUGGACGAGAGCCUACCGGUAUCGAUGCUUCAGACAGCGCAGUGGUGCUCCAUCGUUCUGGGCAACUUAUUGCAGGUACUCAUCGUCAAUUGGCUCACCGCCUUUCCGUUGCUCAUCGUUCUCUUCUUGUACGCCAGAAUCAAAGAUACAUAUCUGACCACCGCACAGAACAUCAAGAGACUUGAGGGAAUCGCCAAGAGUCCAGUAUUUUCGCACGUCACGAUGUCCCUAUCAGGUCUUCUGACUAUCAGAGCCUGCGGCGCCGAAUCGCAAUUACGUCGCGAGUUCGACGAACAGCAGGACGGCCACACCGCCGCGCACUUUCUGGUUGUCGCCUCCUCGGUGGCCUUUGGCUUCUGGAUAGAUGCUGUCUCCGUCGCGUUCAUCGUCCUGGUCAGUUACAGCUUCCUGUUUUUCUGGGGUGGUGGAUUCGCAGCGAGUUUCGUCGGCUUAGCUUUGACCCAGGUUAUCGGACUCUGCGGUUCCAUGCAGUCCUGCAUGAAAAACUAUGCAGAGGUCGUCGCUCAGAUGACCAACGUUGAGAGGAUGUUCCAGUUCACCGAGCUGGAACAGGAGUGCCCGUCAAGCGAGAGGGAAGAAGAUCACAUGGUGAAGGUGAUGGAGAGACCACCACUGUUUUGGCCCAGCAAGGGUGAGAUCAUAUUUGAAAGAGUCAGUCUGAGAUACUUGGACGACGCUGAGCCGGCGUUGAAGGAACUGAGUUUUACUAUUGAACCAGGAAUGAAGAUUGGAAUAGUCGGACGCACUGGAGCAGGAAAAUCAUCCUUGGUCUCUGCCCUGUUUCGAUUAGCCAAGCUCCAAGGUUCUCUGUACAUCGAUGGCAUCGAUACCCAGUUGAUCGACCUGGCCCACCUACGCGAGCGAAUCUCCAUAAUUCCUCAGGAAGCCGUCAUCUUCACAACUUCGGUUCGUGAAAACUUGGACCUUUAUGGCCGAUUUGACGAUUCGCUGCUGUGGUCAGCACUUGACGCAGUUGACCUGAAGUCGUCGAUACCUUCGCUGGACACGAGGCUGGAUCACGGUGGCGCAAAUCUCAGCGUCGGUCAGCGACAGUUGCUCUGUUUGGCUAGAACCAUAAUUGAGAACAACCGGAUUCUGAUUCUGGAUGAGGCGACAGCCAACGUGGACGAAGCCACCGAUCGACUGAUCCAACAGACCAUCAGACACCAAUUUAAAGAUUGCACUGUGCUAACCAUCGCUCACAGGCUGAACACGAUACUGGAGAGUGACAAAGUCAUCGUCAUGGACAGGGGAAGGAUCGUAGAGUUUGAUGAGCCGGCCAAAUUACUGGAUAAAAGCGGUGGACACUUGUCGAGAAUGGUUGAGCAAACGGGCGACGAUAUGGCCGAACAUAUCCGGAAGACUGUUAGAAGGGUAUACUAAAUGUUUCCAAGUGUUUGAAAUAAUGGUUUUAUAAUCAUAUGGAAUACGCGAUUUAAACUGCCAACUUGAAAUUCUUUACAAAUAAUCCAAUAAUUUAUUCAAAUUUACGGUAUUUACAUUUUGUGAAAUCUAUGUACAAAUAAAACUUUCCAUCACACAAGUAA